GCUUUGUAGACCGAUUUUGCACGAUUUAGUGGAACAAAUGUGGAAACUGACUUUGUAGAGGUACCAUCACAAAUGCUUGAAAAUUGGGUGUGGGACAUUGAUUCCCUCCGAAGAUUGUCAAAACAUUAUAUAGAUGGAAGUCCAAUUACAGAUGAUCUGCUUGAAAAACUUGUUGCUUCUAGACUGGUCAACACAGGUCUUCUGACCCUACGCCAGAUUGUUUUGAGCAAAGUUGAUCAAUCUCUCCACACCAACACAUCACUGGACGCUGCAAGUGAAUAUGCCAAAUACUGCUCAGAAAUUUUAGGCAUUGCAGCUACUCCAGGCACAAAUAUGCCAGCUACUUUUGGACAUUUGGCAGGGGGAUAUGAUGGCCAAUAUUAUGGAUAUCUUUGGAGUGAAGUAUUUUCCAUGGACAUGUUUUACAGCUGUUUUAAAAAAGAAGGGAUAAUGAAUCCAGAGGUUGGAAUGAAAUACAGAAACCUAAUCCUGAAACCUGGAGGAUCUCUGGACGGCAUGGACAUGCUCCACAAUUUCUUGAAACGUGAGCCAAACCAAAAAGCGUUCCUAAUGAGUCGAGGCCUGCAUGCCUCAUAAACCGGGGCGCUUUGGUCGCAGUCCAUGUCUGGAGGACAAGUUGAUAUCGCCAUGUGUUGCUGCCCUGGAAACUGAAGGGAGUUUUGCAGAUGAAAAUGGAGAUUUCGAUUAGUGUUGUUUGAUUCUUAAUUUUAAAAAUUAUAAAGAUGUAAAUGGAAUUAUAAAUACUGUGACUAAGAAAAGACCCACUAGAAAGUAAUUGUACUAUAAAAUUUCAUAAAAAUGGAUUUGAGUUUUUUUAUAAAAGUUUCAUAUGAAUGUAAUUUGAUUUUUUACUAUUAUAAUCUAGAUAAUAUAAUGUAAGAGGGCUAAGAAUUUUUAAAUUGAAUCAUAUACAUAAUAUAAUUUGAUCCUUCUUGUAUCUUGAAGUUUUGUACUUGGGAUUUCUGGACUGAUAAAUGAAUCAUAUUCCUCUGGAAUUAUUUUCUCGGAGCCCUGCAUCAGCUCUGAUCCUCUGUCUCAUGGUAAGGUGUGACCUCUCCUUGGCUCAAGUACCUCAAGGCCAGGGGAAUAUGCGUCCAUCACGUAUUCAUCUUUGUGCGUCAGGCCUCCUGAUUCCCAGCUUUCUGCCACAUUUAAAUGAUGUUCCUCUAUUUGGAUUUGUCUUUUCUGUCUAAUGUCCAGUCAGAGUAUCAGAAAAUUGUGUUUUAACUAAACUGAUCUAAUAUCUAUUAUAAGUUUUUGAAUCUUGUAAUAGAGGAUUUUUUAUCUUGUAUUAGAGGCUCAUUUCCACUUCGGCAUACAAGUCUUUUGGCGUACUUCCCAGUUAGAAUACUGAAGCAAGUCCAAGCAUAUUUUUCUAUUCUCAUGUUUCUAAUAAGUGUUAGGGACUUUGCCUCUCCUUCUGACCACCUUGCCCAAAGUGGCAGGUAGCCAGGUCAGAUGACUCUGUAGAGAGUCAUGGGAAGAGAUCCAGGCUGAUGUGGUGCGUGGAGUUCAGCAACUCCAGAAGCGUUGGAGAACAGCUGCUCCAAACUGUUGUGUGUGUGCUCAGCCUUGACCACGGAGAAAAGACUCUUCAGUAGCCUAUUUUGUCUGGUGAUUUUAUUUUAAAUGAACCUUGGUUCUCUCUUUAAUUCUCUUUAUUGUGGACCUAAAUUCUAGUUCUGCCACAGACCAGUAAACUCACAGUAUUUAUUUUUCCUCUGGGAGUCUAUUCAAUAAGGAAACCAAGACAGAAUGAUAAAAACUUUUUUAAAAAUUAAAAAAAAAAAAACUUCAAAUGUAUUCUGCAUAGGUCUUUCAGGUGUCUCCCAGUGCAUGCCUGAAGUAUGACUUUGCUAGCCAGGAACAAAAUUAGAACCUCUCUAUUCUCUAGUCCAAGUGGACUUUGUGCUAAAUAAAAAGUUAUUACACUGCAUAAUAAAAUUAUAGACAGCAGGGAAAAUCGAGAACUGUAGUGACAAGGAAGGAAAUUCUAAGACUCUAAUUGCCAAGCAGAUCCCUUGAAUAUCCACAUGAAAUCUUACCCUCCCCUCUGAGACAGUUUGCCCCCUCUUCUCUCCCUACACUCACUCAGUGUCACCCCCUAGGGUCCCCAAAGCUGUUUGUGUGGUCUUAGCAACCUAUGGUAGUUUCCUCAUAUCUUUUUAUUCUCAGACUCUUCUGUUUUCCAGUUUCAGACCAAAAACUCUCUUCAGCUUUUUCUAUUACCCAGCGUGUCUCCUUAACGAUAACUUUACCAUUUUAAAUCUUACUGCUCAUGAAAAGACUAAUAAUUGGUGUGGAAAAGGCUACACACAAUAAAGUUAUAUUAUUAUCUAUGGGAAUGAACUCACAUUUCUUUCAUAUUUUAAUGUUAAAAUGGAAAUGCUUGAGAACAAAUGUUCUAUGGUGUUCUUUUUACUUAGGGUCUACCUCUAAUAUUUAAACUCUACCAAAGAACAGCAAUAAAAGUAAAUGUACAAAAAAUUAUCUAACAUAAGUCGAAAGUUAGGGCUUACUUUUUAAAGCCUCUUUGAAUGUUGCCAUCCAUCUACCUGUUCUUGUUUCCAGAUCAGAGCAUGGAGUUUCACUGAGAUGCUCUGAGUGGUGAAUAACCAUAAAAAAUUGUAAUAAUAUUGGAAAAAUUUAUAAUUCAGAUUUGUGGACUGAGCCACACAUAAUAAAGUCUUAAUGCAGGAGAUUUAGACCUGUUUCAGGUUUUUUUCAAGCAUUGUUAUGUUACUAAAGGCAAGUUCUUAAACAUCUUUUGCUAAUGUGCAAUAGGCUUGAUUCCUAAAGAUUUAAUUUUAAGAUGCUACAGAAAAGAGAAAGGAAAGUCCUGAUGUUAUGCCACCUGAUAUCGAUAAAUGUUGCAUGUUACGUAGGUAAAUAACUAAAACUUGUCAUGAGUUAUCACCUGAGCUACUUACACCAAGGUCUUGCCUCUCUAAAGUUAGCGUGAUGGAAAACGGGUGUCUUUAGCUCUUUAGAUGACAAACUGCAUGGUGCAAGAGGCCAAAAUUGAGAAAAUAGCCCUUCAGAGAAAAACAAUACAAAUAUAUUUGUACUUGUAAAUGCCUUACCUAGUAGAGAAUGACUUACUUUUCUACUUUACUGUUUUGCAUAUAAUCUUUGUGUAUGAAUUAAAGGUCUGUGGAGAUCCUGCUUCCCCACUGGA